AUGUCCUUCCCCCCAGGCGGCACCUACUUCGACACGACCAAGCGGUCCUUCAACCAAGUCCCCAUCGACAGCACCAAGGACAACGGCGCUAUCUCGACGACCGAAUUCCUCGAAGCCAGCGAAGCCCUGACCGGCCUCUUCGAUGUGCUGGGCAGCGUGGCCUUCCAGCCCGUGAAGAAUGAUAUGGGCGGGAACAUCAAGAAGAUCCGGGAGAGGCAGCUUGCGGCGCCCGUGGAGAGCGAGACGUUGCAGGAUUUGGUGCGGAAUGAGUUGAAGGGGAAGAAGCAUACGGCGACGGAGGGGUUGGUUUGGUUGGUGCGAGGCCUCGACUUCACCUCGCAAGCCCUGCGCCAAAACCUCACCAACUCAUCCGAAGAACUCUCCAAAUCCUUCCGCGACGCCUACGGCAACACCCUCAAGCAAUACCACACGUUCCUCAUCAAGCCCAUCUUCUCCGCCGCCAUGAGCGCCACCCCUUACCGUGCGGACUUCUACAAGAAGCUGGGCGAUGACCAGCCGCGGGUGCAGAAGGAGUUGGAUGAGUGGUUGGUGGGGUUGGAGAAGAAUGUGGGGAUUUUGAAGACGUUUUUGGACAGUAAGGAGGCGAAGUGGUAG